AACGGAGAUAAUUUUUAAAUACAAGAUAUCAUUACUACGCAUGUACUCGAAUAUGCGCCGUACUGAACUUAAAAGGCUCGCAUUUUUUUCUAAUUCGAAAUUUCGCGAUACCGGUCGCAGUAAUAUCGUGGAAAAUAUGUUGAGUACUAAGUGCUUACUUUUUGCGAUCAAAUGGAUUUUGGUAACUUUGUAGGGAUGAAUGUGAUAAGCGCAAUUCAAAUCAAUUACGUGAAAGUGCCGGUGGCCGUGAGGAACGACACGAAACGGCCAGCUACCCUGGACUGCAACUAUUCGGUCAGACCGGACGACACCGACUUAAUCGUAAAGUGGUACUUAAACGACGACCUCGUGUACCAGUGGAUCCCGCCUCAAAAACCACAAAGUCUCGGUAUUUUAAAGGAUAAUCUCGAUUUGGAUUACCGCGCCACUGACGACCACAACAUGGCCUACAGGGCAAUGAAGAUUAUGAAUCCCACCACCGAUAUAGCGGGCGAGUACAAGUGUCAAGUUUCGACGAUCGCUGACGAAGACUUCAGCACGAAGAACAUGAUCGUUUUCGAGCCGGAAAAAAAUCUAGCGAUAAAGAAAAAUACAAGAGGCGAGUUUGUAAACUUUACGUGUUUCGCAACGGACGUGUACCCAUCACCGAAACUCUUGCUUUUCAAAGAUCUCAAAAAUGAUUUCCACGGCAAAACGCGCAUGUCCAUCAUGGAAUGGGAUGUCAAAAAAGAUCCGGACACUGGAAGGUACACCAUUUUCAUUGUGGCCACUGAAAAAGUGUCGGAAUUGGAUUUGGGCACAUUAAUACACUGCGAGCUGAAAAUUCCUGGCACGGGAUACGUCAAAAUUAAAAGUCUGCUGUAUUAUCCCGACACAACCUUGGCGGGGAAGGGAUGUCGUCGAGUAUCCGACAUGUUACUAAUUACAAGUGUAAUUGAGUUGUUGAUUAUUGUCUAUGGACGUUUUGUUUAAAUAAAUUA